AUGAAUUGGAGGACUUUACUCCCUGCGCUGCUUUUAAUCCUCGGAUUGGCUUCAGUGCUUGCACAGUCACAAACAUGUGAAUCCAAGAAUGGAACCAGCUGUGACGAAUGCCUUAAAAAUGUCUCGUGUCUGUGGUGCAUUUCGACCAAGUCCUGCAUCACGUACCCAGUGAGGACCAUCCUCCCGCCGCACUCGGUCUGCCCCCUGAACGAUGCACGCUGGGGUCUCUGUUGGAUGAACUUCCAGAUCCUGAUCAUCACCCUCUCUGUGGCGGGAGGAGUCCUGAUCAUCGCCAUCGUCAUCUGCAUGUUCUGCUGCUGCAAGUGUGAGAACUUUGGGUCCAAAAGAUUUGAAGCGAAAAUGGCCAGACAAGCCAACAAGAUGAAGGCGAAGCAGGAGGAGAGGAGGUCUGAGAUGAGAGAGCGGCACGACGAGAUCAGGAAGAAAUAUGGUCUGAGUGGACAGAACCCAUACUCAAAGUUUGCCUAA